GUCCCGUCAACCCCGAAAAAGGGUAACCGCUUUGUGGCCACUCCCUCCGUCGUCACCUGCCCCACUAUACACAUUCAUCUCCCUUUCUUUCUCUGUCUGUCUCGUGUCCGUACAAUCUCCCUCCAAACUCUCACUUUUUUCUCUUGCAAAUCUUUCUUUCUCUCUCUCUCUCGCUGCAAUCUAGGGUUAGGUUUAUCCCUCAAAUGGCCUCGUACAUUGCGACCCUCUCAAAACCCUAAUAUAAGUUUUCCAAUCCAUUAUAUUAAAAAUUGUUUUGUGGAAAAUGGCCGGAGCGAAUAACGAAGGCGAUUCGUCGGUCUCGAGCGGUGGCGGGGAAGCUCAGCCGGCGCCGGAGCCUGCACCGAUGCCGAACGUGAACACGCCGCCUCCGUUCCUGAGCAAGACGUACGACAUGGUGGACGACCCGGCAACCGACCCGAUAGUUUCGUGGAGCGCCACCAACAACAGCUUCGUGGUGUGGAACCCGCCCGAGUUCGCCCGGGACCUCCUGCCCAAGUACUUCAAGCACAACAACUUCUCCAGCUUCGUCAGGCAGCUCAACACCUACGUAUAUGCCUUCACCUCUGUUCCUCAACUUCUUGUUGCUCUUCUUUUCAUUACUUUUAGCUUUGUGUGUGUUUUUGUUUUGUAAAAUUUAUGCGCUAACCUUUGAAAGUGAUUGCGAUUACUCUGAUCUUUCAUUUGGUGAAAACCAAGCAUAACCAUAUCUGGUGCAUUGAUCUUU